CCAGGAAUCUCCAGUUUACAAGUGUCGGUGAAGGCAGCAUUUCUCCUCCAGUCAGUGAAGGCUGAGCCAUAUGAGGUGAACCUGCUUCACUCGCGGUCAUAGACAGUACGUUCAUUGUAAUGAACAGCUAACGGUAGCACGUUAUCGCAGGAUGUCGGUGGCUAGUUAGUUACAACAGUUUAAAAUAGCAGGUCUAGGGGAUUCACUAGCUAGCUAUCGGAUAGGUCGAUGCUGCUGGAGGAAGUGCUUAUGAAAUAUUUUUUUCCCUAUCAUGCCGAAAUCGUUGUAUUUGUAGCUAGCACUGCAGGCUAGCGCAGCUAAUAGCGGCAAGCAAAGCGUGACUAAUCGGUCUCUUUGAAACGGUUCAAAUGGAGCAGUGGCAGGACGCGGCCUCUCAGCAGCUCAGGCUUAUUACAACUCGUCUCAACGAGCUCUUGUCCAAAGGCCUGGAGCUGGUGCGCUCCGAGCUCGGCGUGGAUUUGGGACUGAAGCCCGAGCUCAUUCCGCCAUGGAUGAUCCUCUUCGCGGCAUGUACCGGGUUGGUGCUGAUGGUCGCCCUGUGGGCCUCAGUGUUCCGGGCUCUUUUCAAGAAGCGACCCGCCGUACGUCAAGUCGACGACGACGCCGAUAUAAAGAGAGGAGUCGUUAAAACUACCAAAUCAGAGGAGCCGAAGAAAAAAAAGAAGAAACCAGAAAAGAAAGCGCAGCCAAAUGGAAGAGCAGUGGCUGAACCCCAGGAUGAAACCAUGGUGUCCGAGGAGAUGGUGCCACAUCAUCAUCCGCCUCCACUAGAAGUCAAGGCUGACAAGGUUGAAGAGCCAAAGAAGUCCAAGAAGAAGACCAAAGGAGCUUCAAAGGAGACCAAGUCCGUGACUACAGAUGGCAAAGAGCCAGAAGAAGGCACUUGGGAGACCAAGGUCAGCAACAAAGAGAAACGCGAGCAGCGCAAGAAGGACAAAGGUUCCAGUGAUGGCUCAUCCAGUCCGGGUGGAGGGGAGACACCUGUGAGCUCGCCCCCAGAGCAGCAGCCCACUGCCUCUGUGGCACCUAGUGCCCCUCCAGCAUCUGUACCCACAGCCCAGAAGAAGAAAAAAGGAGAAUCUACAAAAGUGAAGACUGAGAAGGUGGAAGCUGUGGUUUCGCAAGUGAACAGCCGCGAGAUGCCGACAGUGCCUGCAGCUGUGACUAAUGUGCCCGUUAAGGUUCCUGCUCAUGGUGCUGUGAAGAAGGCAGGCUCCUGGGCCGCCAGUAGAGAACCAGCCACAGUGUGGAGGCCAGAGCUCGAUGAUUCGUGGACUGUAAUUGAGAAGGGAACAGAGUUAAAUCUGUCUUUUGCUGGAGUCGGUGCUACUGAGCCCCAGCCUGUGAGUGAGCUGACUUGGCUCAAUCAGCCCAGAGUGGACGAUGAGUGGUCUGGACCCAACGGUGGUUCAGCUGACCCCAGCUCCGAUUGGAACGCCCCUGCCGAAGCCUGGGGCAACUAUGAAGAACCCACUCCUGCUCCCAUUCCCACUCAGGAGCGCCCCCUCCCUGAGCCUGCCAAGGUUAAUCUGCUGAUCGCAGCCACUGAGGAGGAGGAUGAAAAGGACAAGGCAGAGUCAGGUGCUGAUGGGGCGACUAAAGCGAAAAAGAAGAAAAAGAAGAAGAAGAAAGCUGCAGAGGAUGGAGGAGCGGGUCAGCUUGUUUCUUUGCACCCUGUGAAGGGCGAGGACCUGGAGAAAGAGGCGGCGCCUGCAGCUCAUGCAGCUCCGGUGAAGAAGCAGCCCGCUGCUCCUGAGAAAACUGCUGCCGUCCAGCCUGUCAAAGCAGCUGCUGCUGAGGUGAGAGUCGACCGACCAGUGAAGGACAACGCAUCCCAGAAACCCCCUGUCACACAAGUGCCACAGAAGCCAGCAGACACAGAGUCCACUGCCAAGCAGAACAACCUCCCUGCUCCAACACAACAAAAAACACCCGAGGAUAGCCAAGCACCCAAACCAGCAAAGAAAAAGAAGGCAAGAAGAGAGACAUGAGACUGCGUCCAUGCUACGAACCACUGUAUGCAAAAGACUUGAUAUCUUGUUUAUGCAACACCUUUUGUAACGAGAACUUUGAAGGUCAUCAUGAAGGACUUACCUUAAGUCCUGUCUGAAAAACAAAAUCAAGUUUUAUACAAAUGGUGUCAAAUGGUGGCUCAUACAGUGCAAUCUUAAAAUAAUGCGGUGUUAAUGAUUUUUUUUUUUUUAAGUAUGCAUUUGCUACUAUGAUUAUUUCAAAUUCCACUGAAUCGAAUAACCCAUUGAAGGAACUGUGUUGUAGACAUUAGACCUGUAGAAAUUCUGAUCAUGUUUAGGAAAUUGAUGUUGUAAUGGUUGAUGACGGGCGUCUACUGUGUUCAGAAAGGAAACGGUCAACUCGCAGGUCGAACAACACUGAGCCAUAAUGCUGAUCCUGCCUUCGCUGUUGCGCUUUUAUUUCUGAUGUUUGCGAGCACUGUUGGACGAAAAGAGCAGAGAUCAAAUUAAUGUUUUUUUUUCUCAAGAAGACGUAAACAUGUUGUGAACUAAAUGUAACAUGAACAUAAGUAAGUGGAAGAAAAGGGAGUCUUGUCUGCUCCGUGUUUUUGUGUGUGUGGUUACACCACUUGAUUGACUCGCUCCAUCUGGUUUGUCUUGUCUAAUGUACUGCAGAGUGUUGAGACAACUGUGGGUGUUUUUACUAUCUGUGACUGCUUUGUGGCCGGAGCUGUGUGGGACCCUCUGAUUGUAGAUGUACCAUUGCAGUGUCAUCGACCUAUUAUUUUCCAACCAUUAAGUCUUCAGACCCUUUUUGUAAAAUCUGUUUGUAAUGAAAGAAAAGCUUAAGCCAUAUGUAAAAAGACUAAAUAAAGGCCAGUUUUUCUAUA